AUGGUGGCAAAGCAGAUUGCUGAAAAACUGAUUUCUGAAAACGCUAUUGCGAUCUUCAGCAAGUCCUACUGCCCAUUCUGCAAGCGUGCGAAGGAAGUGAUUUCCGGCUUGAGCGUGGAACCCAGCAAGAUCGGUACUCUGGAGCUAGAUGAGGUCAACGAUGGACCAGAGAUCCAGAAUUACCUUGCUGAGAAGACCGGCCAGCGUACGGUGCCAAACAUCUUUAUUUCAGGCAAGCACGUUGGUGGCUGCGACGACCUUCUGCGUGCUCAGCAAAGCGGUGAGCUCCAGCAGAUGGUGGGAAAGCUUUAG